AAAGCGUUCGGCAUAGCUACAGCAUUGGUCGUUGCUGGGGCUUUUGCUGGAAUCCAGGGAGCGAUGUACUAUUUCGACGUUGACGAUGCGCGUCAAUUUGGACGCCGUAUGCGCUUGAUGAUUCUGGAGAAGAUGCCCGGUCUCACGGCACAAAUACAUCGUGCGCCGGACGAGCCUUCACCGGAACCUGCGGAGCCAGUCUCUCCGGCGGUUGAGCAAGAUUGGAAGUGGGAGGACGCGGAGGCACGCCUGCGCCGCGCCUUUGAGACGGGUGGCCUCGCAGGCUGGGCUGAAGCUGCGGCAAAGGAGGUGGAGGUAGAAGACCGCUUACAGCGCAAGAAACAGCAGGAGCUAGUCGAGCGUCUGAGG